CAGGCUCUGAGGGUACAACAACCAUGAAGGCUUUUCUGAUUGCCCUGCUGGCGGUAGUCCUGUGUGCCGAGCAAGCUUCCUCGCUGUUUUGCUACACAUGCGACAAUGAACACUCCAACUGGAACUGUCUUAAAACCUAUAAGUGUGAAGACCAUGAGAAAUACUGUCUAACCACAUACAGCUCUGCUGGGUUUGGCAAGGACAUAGGACACCGCAUCACCAAGAAAUGUUCCGUAGACUGUCCUGAGACGAACGUGGACUUCGGUAUGGCGGCUUAUUCCACCAAAUGCUGUAGCACCUCCCUGUGCAACUUCAGUGGUGCCAACAGCAUAAAAAUCAGCUACGCUGUGAUGUUCCUGGGAAUUGUGGCCAGUUUGAUCUGUGUCAUCAGGGCAGGAUUGUGAUGAGGGGUGGGAGAAGAUGUGACAACCCAAGAACCUACAAGGUAUUCCCCAGCUGAGAAACCAACACCCUCUGUCAAGUGUCUCCAACAGUGUCUAUGCUACCCCGAUUUUUUCCAAGACACUGUUUCAGACCCCAUCCACAAAAUGGCAUGGCAGUGUAGCUCCUAUCUUUUCCCCUGUAUCAUUUGUUGUUU